AUGCGCAAACUCGGCCAAGACGUCCGCACAGCCGACAAACGCAUCACCGCCACCACGCGGCAACUGGAAUCCAUGAUCCGGCUCUCCGAAGCCCACGCCAAAAUGCGGCUCUCCGAGGUCGUCACUCCCGACGACGUCGGCGAAGCAGUCCGCCUGAUCAAAUCCGCGCUCAAAACAGCUGCUACCGACGCCCAGGGACGGAUAGAUAUGAGUUUGUUGACGGAGGGGACGAGUGCGGCGGAGAGGAAAAAGAAGGCGGAUAUGAAGGAUGCGGUGGUGAGGUUGUUGGAUAGUGAGUUGACGGCCGGGGGGCAGGCGGUGAGGUAUGCGGAGGUGGCGAGGAGGUUGGCGGAGGGGGCUGGGGUGCCGGUUGAGUCGGGGGAGUUUGCGGAGGUGAUGAGGACGUUGGAGAUGGAGGGGGCUGUGAUGGUUAGUGGAGAGGGGCCGAGGAAGAGUGUGAGGAGGGUUACUGCGAGUGUUUGA